AUGACAAGAACACUUUUCAGAGAGUUCCUGCACUGGUUUGACGAUAAUUUGAAGGACAGGAAGGUUGUUCUUCUGCUGGAUACACCUUUAGCGCAACGAUUUGUUUCCUCCAAUUCCCGGCCACAAGAUUCUCGAAGCCUUGGCCUUACAAACAUUACUAUUAUAUGGCUACCAACGGCCUGGAUGGACGCAUACAAUCAACUCAGGCAAGAAGUAACGAGGAUAUGGAAGGCCUUCUAUCGCAGAUACUGGGUACAAUAUGUUUGCAACCAGCUCAGUGCUCACCGAAACCCGCUCACUACCAUGAAUAUCCUGAAAGCUGUAAGCUGGGCUUGCCGUGCUUGGCACAUUGAUAUGGACUCGCGAAAUAUCCGAAAUUGCUCCAGGAUGUCUGGCUGGCUUGGAAUUUCCUCCGCGGAUCAAGCUGAGGAAGAUGAGGAAGAAUAUAAGGCGGCCAAGCAGCAGCUACGGGACACAGUCGAAAUGCUCGCACAGAUGAAUUUUUUGCACAAGGCUAUGGAGAUUGAUACUUUCAUAAGUCCUCCAUUUGAGUCUCCUGAGGGGGCAUGGAUCGAGGAGGAGCAGAUGCAAACUCAAACUGGCUCCGUCGAAAUUCCAGAGGGAGACUCAGAGCGGGCUGAGGACAGUAUUGCGGCUUCCAUUAUUUACCUUGGCCACUGA